CCAGGAUACUCGGCUGACCAACUUCCUGUUACUCUGAACUGCAGCGGAUCUUGACAACAUGAACGGAAGACAGAAAGGCAGUGAACGUGCACACUUUAGGGAUGUCUAAACUGUGCGCAGUGUUUGGAGGUACAAGGGGAAUUGGAAAAGCAGUGUCACAAUUACUCGCUGACCAAGGACACAGAGUUGUUGUUUUGGGAAGAAGUCUUGAUUCUGCACAAGCAGUUGCAGAAGCACUUGGAGCAGAUCAUAUUGCUCAUAGCUGUGAUGUUUCAAAAGAACAAGACAUACAAAACACAUUUGACAAGAUUCAGGCCUCUCUGGGUCCAGUCCAUUACCUGGUGAAUGCUGCUGGAAUAAACAGGGACAGUCUGUUGCUACGAACCAAGAUAGAAGACAUACUGGCUCAGCUGCAUACAAAUCUUCUAGGAUCUAUGUUGACCUGCAAAUAUGCUCUUAGAGGCAUGCUACAACAAGGAGGAUCUAUUGUGAAUAUAGGAAGCAUCGUUGGACUGAAAGGCAAUACUGGGCAGAGUGUCUAUAGUGCCAGCAAGGCGGGGCUUGUGGGAUUUACACGGUCUCUUGCUAAAGAAGUGGCUGCAAAAAAUAUCCGUGUAAAUUUGGUUGCUCCAGGAUUCAUUAAAACUGAUAUGACUAUUGGAAUAAAUGAAGCAGAAGUGAAGAAAGCUAUACCACUAGGACGUUUUGGAGACCCAGAUGAAGUGGCCCAAGCUGUUGUCUUUCUGCUCAAGUCUCCUUAUAUUACUGGGCAGGUACUUGUGGUGGAUGGAGGUCUUCAACUAGCAAUAUAAAAAGGCAUAGCUACUUUUAAAAUCUACAUUCUGUAUAGCAUUACACAUCAGUUAAUGAUAUCUUGGUGCACAAAAGGUGUAGUCCAUGUUUUGGGUUGCUUUUCCAAACAAUAAAAGUUUUUUGAUAAAAUAAUAAAA